AUGAACUCAAACACCCAAUAUUGCUGCAUUUCGCACGAGUUCUUCCGAACAGCAUCUACAAACCCUAACAAAAUCGCAGUGAUCCACGCUUCCGGCGUGGCCAACCUUUCCCGCGAAAAAUCCACCUCCCCAAACUCCAAUAACGACUUCACCACGCUCUUAGAACAGCGCGUCGAAUCCACGUCCCCGCCACUCUACCACGGUGACCGUUGCUUCACUUACUCUCAUAUUUUGAAUUCCGUUCAUUCUCUGAGCUCUCGUAUCCGCUCCAUCCUUCAUGGUGCAGAUGACCCGCACCUGAUUACAACCAAAUCUCAAGGUAACAUUGUUGUCCACUGUGGAGAGAGAACUGUUCUGACAUCUGAGUCUUUGAAAAAUGUGGAGGCAAUGGUUAACCCCAGUCAAGAGUAUAGGCCAAAGAUAGUGGGGAUUUAUAUGCCUCCUUCUGUUGAAUAUAUUAUUGCUGUUCUUUCAGUAUUGAGGUGCGGGGAAGCCUUCUUGCCUUUGGAUCCUUUUUGGCCAAACGAAAGGAUACUGUCAGUUGCUUCUUCUUCAAAUGCUGAUCUUAUUAUAGGAUCCCAGUCUUCAUGUGGUCAAAGUAACUUUGACCGGCUUGAUGAAUCACAUUGGUUGGUUAAGUCGAUUAGUUGUCCUGUUUUGAGCUACUCCAUUGAAGAAAAUCUUCAAGAAUGUAGUUGUUCGACGGAUUUGGCAUGGCCUUGUGCCAAUGAAAAGAAAAGAUCUUUUUGUUAUCUGAUGUAUACUUCUGGAUCAUCUGGAAAGCCUAAAGGAGUGUGUGGUACAGAACAAGGUCUUUCAAACCGUUUUGUAUGGAUGCAAGGAGUGUAUCCUUUAACGGGACAGGAACUAUUAUUGUUUAAGUCGUCAAUCAGCUUCAUUGACCACCUGCAAGAAUUCCUCAGUUCUAUUUUGACUGCUUGUGUAUUAGUUAUUCCUCCUUUCAAAGAGCUCAAAGAAAAUGCAUAUUCCAUAAUAGACUUUCUACAGGCAUAUUCUGUUAAUAGGCUUACGGCUGUUCCAUCACUAAUAAGGACAAUUCUUCCAGUAUUGCAAACUCAUGCUGACAUGCGUAUUGAAAGUUCACUGAAAUUGCUAGUGCUAAGUGGUGAAACUUUUCCUCUUACCUUGUGGGAGACACUUUCAACUAUAUUACCAAAGACAUCAAUAUUGAACUUAUACGGAAGUACCGAGGUCGCUGGCGAUUGUACAUAUUUUGAUUGCAAGAGGAUACCAUUGAUUUUGAAGGAAGAAAUGCUAACCAGUGUUCCAAUAGGUUUACCCAUUACUAACUGCGAUGUAGUGCUCAUUGGUGAUAAUAAUGUAUCAAAUGAGGGUGAGCUAUAUGUUGGCGGUUCUUGCAUUUUUAGGGGUUACUACAAUGAAUCUGAUAUAAUGUCUGAUGAAUUUGUAAAAUUGCCUCAAAGUUAUGGCUGCAAAGAUUCUGUUGAUGUUUGCCAAAGCGAAUUAUACUUUAGAACUGGUGAUUUAGUCAAACAGUUGCCAAGUGGUGAUUUUAUAUACUUGGGAAGAAAAGACCGAAUUGUAAAAGUCCACGGGCAGCGUAUUGCCCUGGAAGAAGUUGAAAUUUUGCUAAGGGAACAUCCAUAUAUAAAUGAUGCUGCUGUAGUUUGUCAAAAUCUUCAAGCAGAUCUUGUGUUUAUUGAAGCCUUUAUAAUAUUGAAGGACAAACAACAAUUGGGUGAAUUAUUAGUUCCUGCAAUCAGAAGCUGGAUGAUUAACAAACUUCCAUCAGUUGUGCUCCCUAACCGUUUCAUCCUCACAGAAUCAUUUCCCAUAACUUCUAGUGGUAAGAUUAAUUAUAAGUUGUUGGUUAGCUCAGCAUUAUUGACUAAGAAUGUCAAGGAUAAGAUUGGUAAUACUAGCUGCAUCAAUCUUCUGCAACUUAUUAAAAAGGCCUUUCACGAUGCUUUAAUGGUUGAAAAGCUAUGCAACGGCGAUGAUUUCUUUAUGUUGGGCGCUUGGAUAAAUGUUUGCAAUUAG